CUCCAGCAGAAUGUAGGAUUUUCGUUGAUACUUGAGGGAAGUCAGGAGGCCAAGGCGGAGGAAGAGCAUUCCAGACGUUGGGGACAGCCAAUGAACAGGCACCGAGUCAGAAUGGAGGAGGCCUGAGUCACUCAAGACCAAGAUCAUUCUGUGGAUGAAAUGCCUGUUGUGGUGAAGAUUGAGAAAGGAGUUGGCAGCAAUGGUGGUGGUGGCUUUUCCCAGACUCGUAGCAGCAGCACAGGCAGCAGCAGUAGUGGAGGAGGAGGUGGCCAGGAGUCCCAGCCAUCCCCACUGGCUUUGCUAGCAGCCACUUGCAGCAGAAUCGAGUCACCCAAUGAAAAUAGCAACAACUCCCAGGGCCCAAGCCAGUCUGGGGGCUCAGGUGAGCUGGAUCUCACGGCCGCCACACAACUCACCCAAGGUGCCAAUGGUUGGCAGAUCAUCUCCUCCUCUGGGGCUACCCCUACCUCAAAGGAUCAGGGUGGCAGCAGCAGCAACGGUAGCAGUAGCAGUGAAUCCUCCAAGAACCGCCCAGUCUCUGGUGGGCAGUAUGUAGUUACCACCACCCCCAAUAUACAGAACCAGCAAGUUCUGACAGGACUUCCUGGAGUGAUGCCCAACAUUCAGUACCAAGUAAUCCCCCAGUUCCAGACUGUUGAUGGGCAACAGCUGCAGUUUGCCACCACUGGGGCCCAAGUUCAGCAAGAUGGUUCUGGUCAAAUUCAGAUAAUACCUGGGGCAAACCAGCAGAUUAUUACAAAUAGAGGGAGUGGGGGCAAUAUCAUCGCUGCUAUGCCCAACCUGCUCCAGCAGGCUGUCCCCCUCCAAGGCUUGGCCAAUAAUGUCCUCUCAGGACAGACUCAGUAUGUGGCCAAUGUCCCAGUGGCACUGAAUGGGAACAUCACCCUACUGCCUGUCAAUAGCGUUGCUGCAGCCACCCUGACUCCCAGCUCCCAGGCAGUCACAAUCAGUAGCUCAGGCUCUCAAGAGAGUGGCUCACAGCCGGCAACCUCAGGGACAACUAUUAGCUCUGCUAGCUUGGCAACCUCACAAGCCAGUUCUGGAUCCUUUUUCACUAAUGCCAGCAGUUACUCGUCCACAACCACCACCAGCAACAUGGGCAUUAUGAAUUUCUCUACCAGCGGAACAGCCGGGACCAAUACUCAAGUCCAGACGCCCCAAAGGGUCAGUGGGCUUCAGGGAUCUGACUCUCUGAACGUUCAGCAGAACCAGACACCUGGGGGUACGCUCCAGCCCAGCCAACAGAAGGAGGGAGAGCAAAACCAGCAGUCACAGCAACAACAGAUCCUCAUCCAACCUCAAUUAGUUCAAGGGGGACAGGCUAUUCAGGCCCUCCAGGCUGCACCCCUGUCAGGUCAGACCUUUACAACCCAAGCUAUUUCUCAAGAUGGUCUCCAGAACCUUCAGCUUCAGGCUGUUCCCAACUCAGGCCCCAUUAUCAUCCGGACACCAACAGUGGGGCCUAAUGGGCAAGUCAGUUGGCAAACUAUUCAGCUGCAGAAUCUUCAAGUCCAGAACCCACAGGCUCAGACAAUCACCCUGGCACCAAUGCAGGGUGUCUCUUUGGGACAGACUGGCAACAGCAACACCACCCUUACACCUAUUGCCUCAGCUGCCUCCAUCCCUGCUGGCACAGUCACUGUGAAUGCUGCUCAGCUCUCCUCGAUGCCAGGCCUCCAGACCAUCAACCUCAGUGCACUAGGUGCUUCAGGAAUCCAGGUGCACCAGCUGCCAGGCUUGCCACUGACCAUAGCAAAUGCCACAGGAGACCAUGGGGCUCAACUUGGCCUUCACGGGGCUAGUGGUGAUGGAAUACAUGAUGACACGGCUGGUGGGGUGGAAGGAGAGUCCAGCUUGGACCCCCAACCCCAGCCUGGUCGGAGGACGAGACGGGAGGCUUGCACUUGCCCCUAUUGUAAAGACAGUGAAGGGAGGGGCUCUGGGGACCCUGGUAAAAAGAAGCAACAUAUCUGCCACAUGCCAGGUUGUGGCAAAGUUUAUGGAAAGACCUCCCACCUUCGGGCACACCUACGAUGGCACACAGGCGAGAGGCCCUUUAUCUGUUCCUGGACAUACUGUGGAAAGCGCUUUACCCGCUCAGAUGAGCUCCAGCGGCACAAACGCACACACACAGGUGAGAAGAAGUUUGCCUGCCCUGAGUGCCCCAAACGCUUCAUGAGGAGUGACCAUUUAUCGAAGCACAUCAAGACCCACCAGAAUAAAAAAGGAGGCCCAGGAGUGGCCCUGAGUGUAGGCACCAUGCCCCUGGACAGUGGGGCAGGCUCAGAGGGCAGUGGCACUCCCACUCCCUCUGCCCUCAUUACCACCAACAUGGUAGCUAUGGAAGCUAUCUGUCCUGAGGGUAUUGCCCGACUUGCCAACAGUGGCAUCAACGUCAUGCAGGUAGCUGACCUGCAGUCUAUCAAUAUCAGUGGCAAUGGCUUCUGAGAUCAGGCGCCCAGUGCCAGAGACACGGGCUGUACCCACAAACCCUGGGGUACAAGGUAGCAUGGGUCCAAGAGACAUGUGGGAGAGGGAGCCACGAGGCAUUAAAGAUGCACAGCAAUGGGAAGUGGGGGGGGCCCCAGGAGAUGAGUUGGGACCCUAGUACCCUACCUGGAAUGGGGCACGUGAAUGGAAGCUAUUGAUGUGACCCCGCUACCCUACAUGAAGCAUUUGACCCCAGACGGUUUCCUUUUAAAUUUCUUUCCCCAACCUCUCCCUUUCUGCUUUACUUAUCUUACCUCCCCCAUGAUGGAUCCUUCCCUCUUCCCCAUUCCUUAAAGCCAUCAUGCCUUGAUAAAUAUAUAUAUGAUCAUUGAAAUACUUUUUAACAAAAGACAGAUUCUAUAUUAUAUAUAUGUGUAUAUAUAAAGUAUAUAAAAGACAUUCACAAUGGGGAGUAGGCUCAGAGGGAGGAGAAGGAACAUCCUGUGACCAAAAUACCGUGGUCAGUUUUAUAAUAAUGCCUUAUCUCCUUGUGGCUGGGCCUUGGCUUGGCACACCAGGCCUUUCUGCAGAUGCUGUCCUGACCUCCCAUAAGAUUAAGCAUUCAUAUACUCUGCUUUUAGGUUUUAUAUAUAUAUGGGGUUUUUUUUCCUUCAUUUUGUCAUUUUAAUUGGGAGCAGCUUUCUGUACUACCUUUCUUUCUCAAUCAUACCCUUUCAGUUUCCUCCCCACCCCUUUUUUUCCACCUGAUCAUUUAGUGUUUAUCUUUUAGAUGAUAUUCUUUGGACCAGGGCUCCCAGUAUUUUUUGAGUCAUCUCUGGUCCUGACAGUAGAAUGGGAAAAGAAGCCCUGGGCCAGUGCUUGAAGUGACAGGGUCAGAAAGCCAUUCAGAAACUACUGAUGGAGGCACUCCCUUCACUUCCUCCCACCCUGGAGCCAGAGUCAGAGGCAGUGCCUUUUUGUCAUCUUCAAGCAUCCAGGAUCACAGGUGGUUCUAGGAAAAAAGACAGGCCAUAGAGAGGUGGUGGGAUUGUCCAAGCCAUAUGAAGCAUCAGAAGAUGGUGGUAGAGUAGUGGGUGAGGAAUGGAGCAGGGGGUUGAAGGAUGUGCCCAGAUCAGGGGUUAGUUGGAGACUUCAUCGAAUUUUUUUCACCUGCUUGCAGGUUAGUUCUAGGUUGAUUUUCCUCUUCACACCUGGACUUCAUAUUGCCUGAAAAGAGGCACACUCUUUAGAACGUCCCUAGAAAUUUCCCUCUGACUCCAUUAUUAGGGAUGAUCACAAUUCGAUGUUUUCCCCCAAUUUCAAUCCUUCAUAAUUAUUUGGGGACAAACAUAGUAUUAUUCUGAGAUGAAGUAAAUUAGUGGGAGGUCAGAAGAACUUUUUCUCCUCACACUGUUAGCUGCUUUGGGAGAUUGUAGGUGUGACACCUCAGAAGAGGAGUGACGUCUAUGCUGCAGUGGAGGCAGCUGUGUCUUUAGAAACAGAAUCCUCCCAUUUCCUUUAGGCCCAGAUCUAGAGGAGAGUCCAGGAAUGACAGCAACAGGAAGCUCUUGGUUCAUUUGUCAUUGAGAGAUCCAAAAGCAACUAGAAUUGGCCUCCAGGCCCAGCCACUAAAAGCCUUGUGUCUCUUGACCAUUUGGUUUCUCAUCAGGGAGCUUUUCACUCACUGUGAGCAAGGUGUAGAAAUGGAUGUGUCUGUGUGGAUCUAUUGGGUUGGGGGAUAGGUUUCUGUUAGCCACUAUUAAAGCAGACCUGCAAUAAAUGAAAAUUACCCUGAGCUGAUAGAGCUAGUAAAGUGUGCGUGCAUGUGUGCGUGUCUACCUGUGUAUGUGUGUGUUCAUGUCUACAUACACGUAGAAGAAAUUAUAUUUGAAAUUGUUGAAAAGAAUCAAAAAGCUCUAGAAUCAAAACACCUCAAGACCUCUUUCAUAGAAAUCCAUUUUUAUCUGUACACUUGAGUGUGUUCCUGGGGUCACUUUGCUUAUAACAGUCACAUUUUGAAACAAGGCAAGUUAGGGGGUCAUAAAACAUACUAAACUCCUGCACUUUUUGAGGGGAAAUGAUUACAUAUGUGUAUGAAAGUGAAAACAGUGUCCCAGUCCAUAAGCAGAGGCGUAGACCUUUUCAUAAAUUGUCUUUUUACUGUUGCUACAAAUAGAUGAUGCUGUGAUUCUGCCUUAUAUUUUAUAUAAAAUCCAGCAAGAUUAGGGUUUGGUGUUUGUUUGUUUUUUUAACCUGAAACUCAAUGACUGUUAAUACCUUAAAGAUUAACUUGAAGCAUGUUCAGCUCCAUUCUGUGAGGACAUAUGCUGUUUUCAAAACUCAGGAAUCAUUUGCAAGGAUCUUAGGUCACCUAAGAUUGUUUCCCAGACCAAAUCCUGUUUAUGCUGAAACAAAGGAAUUUGUGCCCCAGCCUAUCAUCCCAUCCCCUGCCCCCCACUCCAGGAGAGAACUCAGCAAAUUCUUUCAAUGUAGAUUUCUAAUCAUGUACUUUUGGAUCCGUUAAAGGAAGGGGGCAGGACACCCCAGUGAAUAUUUCAAAAUUUUAUUGGUACAACUUAACAAGGCACAGUCUCCUCCCUAGCAACGUGAGUUUCGGAGGAAAACCGAUUCAGUGCUGCUACUGGGAGCAGUGGAGACUUGGGGAAAGGUAUUUGAGGUUGGUUCUUUAUUGAGUGGAGGGCUAUGGGUUUACUCCUUGAAAAGAAUAUAUUAUCCUUACUUUGAAUCAAUUUACAGCAGACCCCUCUUUCCCUUUGUUCUGCUUUCUACCCCACCAAGGAAGUUCCAGGGUCAGGGGGUGUCAUUUGGCCCAUGAAGUUUUGAGAGUUGGCCUUUGGCAGCUUUGAGUCCCCUGGCCUUCACAGCAGGGAGUAGGGACCUUGUGCCUAGUUAGGAGCUAUAGAUAGCUCUUUGCUGAGUGUCCCUUUCCCCUAAAGUUUUAGCCAUCAGAGAUUAAUCCAGCUGUCAAGUAGACUGAUCCUGAGACUCAUCUCCCCCUCCUUCAUGAGAUGAAUGAUCAUUUCUUUGUCAUGACCAAGCCUGUUUUGUUGUGGGGGUUUGGGGGUGUCGGGGUUAGGAUAGGAGAGGUGAUGUUAAAGUCUUCAUUCCCUUGCCUGGCCUUUGUACCUUUUGGCUUCCUCCCUUGUUCCCCCAAAUAUAAGAUAUCCCAUACUAUCUUUUCAGGGACCUUCUAGCUGUCCUAUUCCACCCUGACCUGUGGGUUCUGAACAGAGUGCAGUUUAAUGGGUAUUCCUGAGCCCAGCCCAAACCCGAAUAAACAGGCCCCACCCCCAACCCCCACCCCUUUUAACUUCAGGAAAUACAGAAGUAAUGGACAUGGGGCUUAGGAGUGGGGGAGGGUUGGGUACAAAAGCUGUAAAUUAAUAUGGCUGAUUUAUUUCUACUAUAUAUAUAUAUUUUUUGCUUUUGUAUAUCUUAUAUAGGAAACUUUAAGCAUUGUAUUUUUUAACAAAUCUGAAAAAAGCACUAUAAACUGCAGGUAUUUGACUUUCAGAAUAUAUUUUGUAUUGUUAAUAUCUUCACAUUGUGAAUACUGGAAGCUGCAGAUCUUUGCUGAAAUGCAAUAAAUUUAUAUACCUUCUGGUGGGGUACAGGUGUUGGAGGGACCUUGUUGGGGGUGCUAUUCAGGUCCCUGUCAUGCUCUGGGGGAGCCUAGGUGCUACUUGAUUAAAGUUUCCACCCAGCUACCAUCAUCCCUCAUGCCUGUCUGGCCUUGAGGUGAAUUUAAAAAGCACUUGGAGAUGCAGGUGCCAAAAAAAAAAAAUGUGAGGAUGGUCUAACUGCCUAGUGUGGGACCCCUUCAGUGAGAGCCCUACCCUACCCUGGGCAGGAAGCUUCUGGUAAUGGAAGGUAGAAAGUGAGAUCUGUUCCAUCUCUUGGAAGAGAGGGCUUAGUUUGACAGGGGAUGAAAGGUGGCAGCAGUAGCCUUGGGAAGGGGGAGGAGGAUGUGGCGUUCGUCCAACCCCGGAAAAGGUUGCUUUGGAAAACUGCUGAUAAAAUAUGGGCAGGUUAUUACUUUUUGUUUGGGAGCCCAAACUCUCCCUGGUGCCUCUUUUGGCUCUACUCCCGGGCCACAGACCUCUUCCAAGGAGGAUGAGCAGGCCAGCUUUGAGGCUCAUUCGCUUUCUUUUCUCUGUUCUCUGAACACCAGCACCCAGGCACUAGCUAAGGUCACAGGGCAGAAGUAAGUUGCCUUAAGCUUAAAUUCUCUCCUAUUUCUUACUCUGGCUUUUUAUUCCCUUUCCUGAGACCCCAGGCUUUAGGACUCCCUGGCUUGUUUCCUUUAAUCUGGGGUGAGCAUUGACCCAGUUCUUCAGCACUGAACCAGUUUGCCCAAGCUCUGUCACUCUCCACAAAACUGGUGGAAGAGAAGGGAAUUGGGAGACGGUCUGGUCAGCCCAGACUUUGGUAGCUGAAGUUUUAGUAUUUUGCAGGGUUACCUAACACUUUUCUUUUUUCCGCACCCCUGAAACAGCCUUAGCCUUCAACUAUUAGGGGACUGUAGAUUAUGGGAUGUUGGCAGUCUUUUUGGCUUUUCCCCCACACUUUCCUUGGUCUCACCUCAGGAUUAGAGAGAAGGAGGCUGGGUCUGGGGUUUUGGUUACUGAGGAAGAACAAGGAAUUGAAUUUUUUUUGCUGGUUCCCCUUGGUGUGAGGGGAAAAGGGGCAUUUUGCCUGUGUUUGUCCUUCCAAUGCUCAGAAAUGCUGUGCCUUCUUCCUUCUGGGAAGCAGGAAGCAGUCUUCAGCUACCUGGCUCUUCUCCCAUGCAAUGUCUACUGUUCUCCCCAGGGAAGAGUUGGCAUAGGUAAGCCUCCAUCCUGCUCUUAGCCCCUCUCCCUAUGGCUUCCCCCGCCUUCACCUAGGGUGUAAAGCCCAAGGACUGGGGAAAGAUGGGGGAGGACUUGCUGAGAUAGGCUUGUGGUAGUUGUCCCACGAUGACCUGCUUCAUCAUGAGUCUCAGCCAUCCCCUGUGUGGAAGGUUGUGACCCAACUUCUUGUGCCUAAAACUUUAGAUGAUAUUUUUUUUAAUCUCCUAACACUGGUAAUAGCCAGUCACCACACAACUGCCUUUAAAAAAAAAAAAAAAACUCUAUCAUGCUGUUUCUGUUGGUUUCCAACA